AUGGAUUAUUUUACCAAGUGGCCGGAAUGUGCAGCCAUACCGGACCAGACAGCCGAAACCGUAGCUCGAGCAUUGGUACAAGAAGUCUUCCGUCGAUUCGGCGUUCCAUUCGUCUUACACUCUGAUCAAGGACGCAACUUCGAAGCUGGCGUCUUCCAGGCCUGUAUGCGGCUGAUGACUGUUGAAAAGACACGUACCACGCCGCUGCAUCCACAGUCAGACGGCAUGGUGGAACGCUUCAAUCGCACGUUGCUAGAUUACUUGGCAAAGUUUGUAUCUACUAGCCAGCAUGAUUGGAAUGAGCUGCUGCCCAUGGCGUUAUUGGCCUACAGGUCAGCGGUUCUUGAAAGCUCCGGUUAUUCGCCCGCAAGGCUAACGUUUGGAAGAGAACUUAGGCUGCCCAACGAUUUAUUAUUUGGAACACCAGCUCCUGUCCCAACGGAGGUGCCGGAAUUCUUGGCUAAGCUGGUAAAUGCGAACGCUCGCCGCCAACUGCUAACAGCUGCCCAGACUAACAAAAUCCGCUACGAUCUACGAUCGCACCCUCAGGAAUUCUGCCCCGGCGACGAAGUAUGGCUCUAUUCACCUAGCCGAAGAGUAGGCCGUUGCCCAAAGCUACAAUGCGAUUGGAUUGGGCCCGCUACAAUAGUACGUCGGAUUUCGGAUCUUGUCUACGAAAAUCGACCCCCUGAAAAAAGAGUUACCAGAACCGUGCAUGUGAACCGUUUGGCUGUUUACCGUCCCGAUCCUCGCAACGACUUGGUACUCGGGCAGGAGCCUCGAGUCUAA